AUGUAUUCCACCGUUUGGCUCGCGCUGGACUCUGCCACAAAUUCACGGGUUGCUCUCAAGAUUCUAGUUGCAAAAUACUCCUCUGAUCUCGAAGAAGCGGCCAAACUUGAAGCCAUACAGGACUGCAAUCCACAUCACCCCGGACAUGCAAGGGUUGGCCAAUUGCUAGAUCAUUUCGAGCACCAGGGACCACACGGUACUCACACCUGUCUUGUUCUCGAACUUUUGGGUCCCAGUCUUCAUCUACUUCAACAUGCCACUGCUGCUCACUCUCCGUUUUUCCCCAUGGAGGUGGUCAAGCAGAUUUCACGAGAUGAUAUGCUUAUCGCUAUCGAUUACAUGCACACAUCUUGUCGACUUAUUCACACAGAUCUUGAAACGCUCAAGGCGCAAGAGGUUAGCCCGACACUUUUAGAAAGGGUUCGGCGGUCGUCUGGCAACCCGAUGUUCAAAGUCACUGACGUUGGGCACGCAAAUUGGAUUGACAAUCAUUUUACGUACCUCGUUCAACCACGAGCCCUCCGUGCUCCAGAAGUCAUUUUGGGCAUGGAUUGGGAUGAGAAGAUCGAAGUCUGGAGUAUUGGCUGUCUCAUAUUCGAGCUAACAAUGAGCAAGCCUUUAUUUAAUCCACGGUGGAAGCUGGAAGAGCGAAAAAUAACUGCGCCGGAAAGCUACAUCCUCCAAAUCAUCGAGAUGUUUGGAGAAAUACCCAAAGAUAUGCAGGAAAGCCGGAAGUUUGCUAAAUUGUACUUCGAUGAUGCAGGUAAACAGAAUGUUAACAAUUAA